ACUGUUCGCUACCUGUGCCAUAGGUGUAUCGUUAACUACCUGUGCCAAACGUAUAUCGUUAAGUUACAUAGUGUAUAGAUAGGUAUAACGGUUAUUGAACAAAACUCUUACAUGGAGGUGUAUUAUGUAUGUGUGUGUGCUGUUUGUAUCGGAAACACCAGUACAUACUUUGGCAAUGCCUUAUAAUACACAGGAGUCUUCGUAAACACAUACAAUGUCAGGACCUUCAACUUAACGACAAAAUGAGCCCUCCUCAUCCACUCCCUUGUGAUUUUCCUAAUAUGGGGAUGAAGAGUAUUAAUUCUACAAUUUGGUACGACUAACACAUGUGGAAUAAAUUGGUGAUUUUACUGGAUUACUUGUGGAGAGACUCUGAGGUCAGCCUACAGGACAAACUCCUGGGUGUCUUACCGUCACUAUGCAGAAUGACUCUAGCAAUAAUGAUCCAGGUGAGACAGAAAAGUCAGUUGCCCCAGGGUCAGCUCCCGGGUCAGUCCCGGGGUCAGCUCCUGGCCCUACCCCCGCUUCAGCUCCACCGGAAGUUUCAUCAUUGAAGGAAGAUACACAGUCUAAAUCAGUAAAAAAGAUCGGGGGCAAGAAGUCCCCAGGGGGAAAACAAUCCAAACUUCCAUCAUGCAGUCUUCCAAACAACAUGCAGCCAACCUUUUACAUAGGUGGAGGCAAUGGUGUAUCUCUGGUGGAAUCGGCUUUGACAGCAAUGGGAUGGAAAAGGACUAUGGACAAGUACGACGAGCGAUUCAAACUCAAGUGGACAGAGUGCAAGACAAGGAUCAACUAUGGCUCCCAUAAGGAAGGAGAUCAGCUGGUGAACCACAUCCCCAAUGGAAACCUCCUCACCAAUAAACUGGGCUUGCUCAACAGUCUUCAGGAGUAUGAACGGGUCACACUCAGUACCAAGGGGAGACCACCCCGAUUACGAUUCACAGACUUUGUCCCAGAGACCUACAGGCUAGACGAAGCAAAAGAUAAAGAAGAAUUUCUGAAAAUUUAUCAAGAUGGAGAAAUGUGGAUAUGCAAGCCAACAGGGUUAAACCAAGGCAAGGGAAUCUUUAUCAUCCGCUCCUAUGACGAGAUCAUCAAACUAUUGGAGGAGAGGGUUCACAAAAAGGAACAGGCUCAAAAGGGCACCAAGCCACUUAUGACAAGGGUCGUGCAAAGGUAUAUAAAUAACCCCCUACUGCUGGACAGCCGGAAAUUUGAUAUACGUGCGUACAUGUUGAUUGGAAGUACAGUUCCGUUUCUUGUCCUUUAUCACAAAGGAUACGUACGUCUCUGCUGCACCAAGUACGACACAAAGGACACAAGUCUCAUGACACAUCUCACCAAUCAGUUUGUCCAGAAGAAGGACCCCAACUACAAGGAGAAUAAAGAGGAUUCAGCAUGGUCAAUGGAUAAAUUCAAUGACUAUGUCAAUCAGCAUAUAAAGUCACAGGCAAAUAUAGAACAUGACUGGGUCUACAAUACCCUUACUAAACAAAUGCAGAAGAUAAUGAUCCACUGCUUCAACAGUGUAAAACACAAGCUGCAGGCUAGAGUGGGCUAUUUUGACCUGUUCGGCCUCGACUUUAUGGUCGAUCAAGACAUGAAGGUUUGGCUGAUUGAAGUCAAUGUUAACCCAGCGCUCCAUUGUAACUGUUCAGCACUGAAGGAGGUCAUCCCACUAGUUGUGGAGGAAUCACUACAUAUCAGUAUAGAGUGUUUUGAGAAGGCCAAGCGACAUCAAUCCUUACUUCCCCUUAACUCUCAGCGUGGCUUUUGUGUGUUAUACUGUGGGACUCGUCCAUUUUAUGUGUCUUCCCGGUCCACGCGCAGUGUAUCGCCCGUAAAAGACUCUUCAAAUGAGAGAUCACGGACGACUGUAGCAAGCACUGCUGUAGCGCGGAACGCAUCUCCGGUGAAGAGUCAUCGUAUGAUGACUAACAGUACACCGGUGGUAGGAGCUUCAACAGGCAAUAAAAACACAGAGGCUAGUGUGAAGGAAUGUAGCCCGGAAACAAUUGUAUCCAAACCUGUGCCAACAGCGGAUGAUUUAGUGGCAUUAAAAAUGACUCAUAGCAAUGCAAACAAAAACAACUCCAAUGACACUGACGCUCAAGUGGUUGAAGAAACGGCUGUAACAACAAAAGAUGCAUCGUGUACUAAAACAGAAUCCGCUCCUACAAACAAAGAUACAUCUUCCAAUAGCACCAAAACUACAGUCACAACUAACACGGCCACAACUAACACGGCCACUAACACGGCCACAACUAACACGGCCACAAAAGACACGACUACUAAAGACACGGCUACUAAAGACACAACUACUAAAGACACGGCCACAAAAGACACAACUACUAAAGUAUCAAAUGCUGACACUAACAAUCGGACAAAAACGGCAGAUGUUACAAGUAAAUUUGCCAAUAAGUCCGCUGUGAAGUCAGUCGAUACUAAAAAUAAGCCAAUAUUGCUCAGGACAAGUACUUCCUCUAAGCCAACUUUAUCAUCGAUGGCCAAAACCACAACAUCAAGUGAAAACGUAAAAAACCCUGUCAGUGCUCCAAUAAAGACUGUUGUCUUGACGACCACACUACCAACACUUUCACUGACAACCUCUAGUAGUUCUAAUGUUCCAACCCAGCAUAUAAAGAGUGAAGUUUUCACGUCUAGUACAAACAGUAACGGGGAAAUACCAAAAUCGACUUCCACAUCCUCAGGGUCUAGUGCUGGUGGCCAUACCUGGACUCUAGGCUCCAACGGCCUCCAAAUGAACGGUCCUGAGUCAGCUCUCACCACCAAACCGGCUAUCUUGUUUCCAGGUAUUGCUGGAGCCAGCUCAGCCUCAUCUGGCCACGGGGACACAAGUCUGUCUACAUCUUCUUUACUUGGUCAUAGCCAGAGUAGCACCACUCUAUUACUUGGCUCCAAUUUUACUGGAGCUUCUGAUAAUACCCUGGCACGCCCGUCCUCAAAAAGCACAUUGACAUCUGCACACAGAAGGAAUAGAGACAAAGACAGGCCUGAUCGUGGAAACUAAUAAUCGAUUGGUUUAAACAUUUAGUCAACUGUAAACUUUUAAAUUUUACUAGAUUUUCUUAAAAAUCAAUUUAAAGUGCAAAAUUAUGUAAGUUAUGUUUUUGUAUGGUUAGCCGUAUCAUGUUAAAAAACUAUAUAUAAGAGAUAUAAUAAUACAUGUACUAUAUUAUUGGCCAUGUAAGGUUUACCUGAAAAAGUUUGAGGAGUGAAAACUAAAUCCCAUGUUUUUAUUUUACAAUUAAUUCAAUCAAUAAUAUUGUUUUUCAAAUACAUGUAUAUAUAUUAUCUCAGUAUAGCAACAGUAUUGUUAUUUUUCUCAAAAGCAUUUAAAUUUAUUUAAUUUUGUGUAGCUAGGUUCAAUCAAUUAAGAUUUUCAUUACCAGUACACUCAGACAUUACCUGGGUCAGUAUCUUGUACAAUUUUUAAUUUUUGUUGUUUCUGUGUAAACUUAAAAUCUAUAAAUAUUUAUCAAACCAAAAAUAUUUUUAAAACAUUGUUUAAUUUUAUUAAUUUCAUUUAAUCUUCAUGUAAUACCUUAUAAGUUGCAAUAGCUCUUAAACAUACAAUUUUGAUUACAGUUAGUUUCAGUCUUUUGCUGUGGAUUUUUUUGAGACCAAACCCACAAACAAAAUGUCGUUUUCACAGUAAUUAAAAGACACUGAUCCUGUAAAAUUCAAUCUCCCUUUUUGGAAAGUUUUGACUAACAAGUUACAAUUGAUUUUAUGAUGUGAAUGUAUUAAUUACCACAAACUGAAAAACUGGAAAUGUGUCAACAGUACCACAUUAUACACAGUAUUAUACAAGUCUGUAUUGUAUACAGUCAAACUGCCAAGCUAAGUGACCACCCGAGUUAAGCAACUCCUUCUCAUAUGUGACCAUAUUGUUUUCCUCCAAAUGUAAAAUACUGUCAUAGUAACCUAAACCUGGAUUAAGAGACCACCUGUCAUAUAUGACCUUUAUUGUGCCAAGAUCCCACUGAAGGUCAAAUAUGACAGGUAUGACUGUAUAUAUAUGGGGUGCUUUUGACUUGUACUAAGUAUAAUGAGUACAGUACAUGAGUAUUCAUACAGUAUCAGAGAAAAAGAUUACUAAGAUAAUGAAAGCUGAAUACAAGUGUAGCGGGACUGGACUGGGUCAAUCAUCGGUGACCAGGUAGCUCAAUUGGUAGAACAUCCGGCUAGUGUUCGGAGGUCCUGGGUUCGAACCCCGGUCUGGCCGCUACAUUUUCCCCUCUCCUGUUACACAAGGAAAUGGGAAGUUUUUCACGACAACUGAACGAUAAAAAUGCAAUGAUUACAACAGAGAUAUAAUAUAUCAAUUUGUGUAGACAUGUUUGAAUCCUUGGCUGUAUAUCCUGUAUUUUAUAUAUAUUUUGA